AUGAAGCGCUUCUUUUCAGGGAACAGAUCUAAUGAAUCUGAAUCUGAAUUAUAUAUGUCCUCUCCAACCACGUAUCGUGGUAUCUCCGAUAGCAGUAUUGGUACUACAUCGUUUGGUAGAGAAGAAGAACCACUAUCUAGUGAAUUAGUUCCUAUCGUAACAUUGUUAACUGCCCAUACUCAUAGACGUUAUCAUGAAGGGAUUUUGAUGAUUUUACAUGAUUUAAAGAAUGACGGAUCACCUGCAGUAAGGAAAUGGAAAGAAGUAUAUGGUGUGCUAAUUGGUACACAAGUGGCAUUUUGGGAUACCAAAGAACUUGUCGAUACAAAUGAGAUAGAUUUUAGGAAAUUUGCAUCAAAACCAACAUAUUUGAAUCUAAAUGAUGCUAUAUUGAAACCUGUUGAUGCCGUCGAGGGUAUUUCUACUGCAAGUAAUAAGAAAUUAGAAAAUGCUCUAAUUAUUUCAACUACUUUAAAAAACAGAUAUUUUUUACAAUUUAAUGAUAAACCAUCAUUUAAUAAAUGGAACGCAGCUAUCCAUUUGAGCAUAUACGAAAAUGUAGCAUUACAAGAAGGUUACACUGGUGCUUUUUUGUCUAGUAGAGGUGCCAGAUUGAGUGAUAUUAAAAUCAUUUUAGCAUCUACAAAAUAUGACUAUGAGGAUUGGGUUAGUGUUCGUUUUGGUACAGGGAUGCCAUGGAGACGAUGUUACGCAGUUAUUACACAACAAGGUUCCAAAAAAUCACCAUGUGGUCAAAUCAAGUUUUAUGAAAAUGAAAAGAAAACAAAGAAAGCCGAUACUAUGGCUGUAAUUACAAGUGCCAGCGAAGUGUAUGCAGUAUAUCCAUCAGCUGCCAAAUUAAUUGAUACCUCUACAAUCAUUAAAGUAGAAGGUACAAUAACUUUUGAAAAAAUCGAUAACCCAACCUCCACAAAUAUUUUCAUAAUGCCAGAGAAACAUAUGGCAGUGCAAGGUUAUGAUACAAUUAUUCGAUUCUUAAUACCAGCAAUGAAUGCAUUCCAGCUUUAUGGUAGACCCAAGAGAUUGAUUGCAAAUAAAGAUGAUCCCGAAUCCUUAUUGUUUGGGUUACCUACAUUGCCUCACAUAUAUUAUUUACAAGUUGAUGAUAUUCUGAAACUGGCUACAUCUACAGAAAGUCUUCGUUGGAGUAAUGCCGAUUGGAAACAGAGAAUCAAUGAGAUUAUGCUGAUAAAGAAUAGAAGUGGAUAUAGUGGAUGUGGCACUAGUAAAGAUUUAAAGAGUUCAAUAAAUUCAUCAUUUUUAGAAUCAGGGGAAUUGUUUGAUGCUGCGGGGACAAUUUUAUCUCCAAAACUUAAUGCCAAAUCUUCAUCAACCUCACCAAAAUCUGAUAGAAUUGCAAAAUCCUCAUCGACGUCAUCCUCGGCAUCAUCCUCGGUGUUUCCAGGUGCUAGUACCAAACAAGCGAUCUCAAUGGAGUCUCCUGAAAGACAAUAUAUGAAAUCGCCAGAAAGAAUCAAUACACAAUCUGAUUCUAUCACUGUAUCGAAACGAAUGGAUAGAAAUAAUAGAAGUAAUGAUUCUCUAAAUAACAUUCAUUCUCCUACUAGCUUCCAGAAUGUUACGACGAAUAGAAAUGGUUAUGCUAUUAGCUCCUCUAACCGUGAUAAUAUGAAUAAUAGAUCACCAGAGAAACGUAAAGGGCAUAUUCCAGAACAAAGCACAGAAAGUAUUUCGUCAAUAUUCAACAUGUACGAUAAUAAUGAUGUCGAAGAAGAAAGCUCUAAUUCUAUGCCAUUGAAGACUGAGAGUUCGAAAAAUAGUAAGAGUGAUAUAUAUAAUUCGUUUGUUCAAAUGGGUGGACGUAAUAUCAAACCUGAUAAUUUUAGAGUAUCAUCAGAGAUUGAAAAAUUGGGUACAGGGAUCAAAAAUAUUUCUAUGAAUAAACCUAAUGCUACUAAUACAGCUACAAAUACAAAUACGAAUAGUCGUAAUUCUCCAACCAGGAGACAACCAUACCCGACUGCAAUGAUCGAUGAUCCUGAUCCAUUUGAUCCCUCAUUUAUGGAGCAAGAUAGAAUGGUUGAAUAUGAUAAUGAGCUAAACUCCAGAAGUGUUGCAAGCAGUAUUCAUGAGAAGAAUCUUGGAUACAAUUCAUUGAGGAAUUCUCCUUCGAAGAGUUAUAUCAGUGCCACUUCUUCGACGUCAGAUCAUGGCAGUAAAAAUAGUGGUAAUAGUAAGAGUGACGUGUAUCAUUCUGCAAUUGAUGUGAAUAAUUCCAAAAUGAAUGAUCCAUUAGUCAUUAAACCUAAAUACAACCCUUUCGCAAAGGAGAACAACCCCAGUAACAACCCCAGUAACAACGACAAUGAUAAAAGGCAAGAUAAGUAUCAACAAUUGAAGAAUAAUAGCUUGACACGAACAUCUCCAGAGAGACUAUCUAUAUCUCCAAAUAAGAUGUCACCAAGGAGGGAAAAUAAUUUACAAUCAAAUGAUUCUAAUCGUCAAAGUAUUACCAGCAAUGAAAAAUUUCAAAGGAGGAAACCACCUGUUGCAGAGGAGUUAUUACAACCAGUACAAGGUUCAAACAAUGAAUCAAGACAACAUUCCAAUACUAGUUCAAAUUAUUCCAAUAACAAUCCAAAUGUAAAUAACGGGAAAGAAAAUAUCAAUAGAGACAAUAAUGGUGUAACAACUCGUAAUAUAGGCGAUAAAAAUGAACGAUCACAGCAAUACCCAAAUCCUUAUCAGCAAAAUGUGAACAAUAAUCCGGCGUAUAAUCAAAACUAUGUGCCACAACAGACACAUUUUAAUAAUAAUGGUAAUAAUAAUGCUGGUAUGAUUAGGAAAAAUAAUAAUAUGCAUAAUACACAAGGUUACGCUCAACCACAACUGCAAGGUUAUAAUCCUCAACAGCAACAAUCACAACAAUACAGUUAUCCUCAAACACAACAAUAUGGAUACUCUCAACAACAACAGAUGUACAUGCAACAACAAAAUCGUUUCAAUCAAGGAUAUGAUCAGCGUAAUCCAAACUUCAACAGUCAAGGUUAUAAUACUAAUCAAAAUUUCCCACCUUCUCAAGGUAAUAUGAAUCAAGGAUAUUCAAACUAUGGCUAUACCAAUGAACGCUAUUCAAACCAAAAACAUCCAAGAAACAAUUAUCCAAGGUAA